AUGGCUUCGAGUAGAGAGGGUAAUGAAUUACCACUGUCAAUGCUGUCGCGCCUAGGCGGUUUAAGUAGGUCAGAAAAGCAGCCGAUAACACUGAGCGAUUCUCUGAGAGCUGCCUUGGCAAAGAAAAUACAGUAUUCCAACAAGCCAGCCUCAUCGUUUAAUCGAAUCCUUGACGGGGAUGGCCGAGCACAACCUUCAAAAGAGGAAGAAAAUUACAAGACCAACGAUCUCCACCCUUACACUCGUCCGCUCACCCUCGCAGAUGCAGAAUCAUGUGUGAUUCUAGAGAAUGCGGCCUAUCCUGAUCCGCAAGAUCGGGCUUCUCGGGAAAAGGUUUUAUACCAACUUAGCAAGUGCGGUGAGCUCUGUAUGGGACUCUUCUGUACUCUGCUACCAUUCUCGGACAUGAAACCCGAAACACUUGCCACCAGCAAACUGGUUGAGACAAAUCGACCAAACGGAGCUGUCAGUGUAUUACUUGGUCACAUAACCGCCGUCAUGACCGACAAUCUCACCACCAUUGAAAAUUCAUUCGACUUUCCGGGAGAUUGGGCCUCCAAAAGUUCUGAGCCUUCAAUAUUUGGUCAUCGAGAGGCAGGUCGCACCAUUGUACUGCAAUCAGUCGCAGUUUUACCUGAAUUUCGAGGACGAGGAAUCGGAAAGAUUCUUGUUACCGCCUACAAACAGCAGAUGAACUCAGCGGGCAUAGCAGAUGAUUUGGCUGUACUUUGUCAUGAAAAUACAGUAGCCUGGUUUGAAAAAUUUGGCUUCAUCAACCAAGGCCUGUCAAAUUCACAGCACGGAAGCGGCGGUUGGUAUAAAAUGACUGUACCGCUGGCUCCAGAAGUAGAUCCUACUAGUGAGUACUGA